GCACAAAAUGGAGAAAACACGAAGCUCAAAUCAAAGGUUGGACAUAGCACGCACGCUGCAGGCCGGCGGAGAACCAACAUCACCAUUGUCGACGAACGCCAGAAAGUGUUGUAUUAUUGGAUGGAGGCAGCCAGGGCCGGGACGAUAACAGAAAACGGAGUAACGUUGAUACGGUUUGACAAACAUUCUAGUCUAGCUGUGCCUUCCCUGGUAGACAAAUAUCCACUCUAUCGAAUACCCACACUGGGUACGAUCGUGUAUCUCCUCCAGUCCAAUCAACAGUAUGUAAUGGCAUCUGUACUGUCAGGCCUGAUAAAGGAGAUUAUUUGGAUUUGGCCUCAGUGGGAUCAUAGGAACCAUUUUGAAGAAUACUCUCUAAGUGUCAUUCAGGCUGGGCUGACGACUCCAGACAAUAGAGAAGAACGGGAGUUCUGCAUGUGUGUAUUUGAUUCUGAAAGUAGCGAAAACACGUGUUUUCACAAUUCCCAGUCAGAAAGAGAAAGUGGCGUGGUACAUAUAAGCUUCGUGGAAUGUGAUAUAAAAUAUACUGUAAAAUAUGUGGAAAUUAGAGAGGAUUUAGCUGCUGAAUAUCUUAAACGAAAAGCGAAUGGGAUUAAUGACAGAUCAGAUGUUAUACUGGAUAUAGAUGUCGAUUUUUUAAAUUUCACGGAUGCCAGUAAAUUUCUUGUCCAAGCCAACAUAACACGAUACGAUGUAGAGGACCUGGACUCCAAUUUAUCUCGUUUAUUCUGUCCAAAGAAUGGAUCGGGGGAAACCCUCAUCGAUAAACGCAUCACCCAGUUUAUAAACAAUGUCAUGAUUUUCAAAAACGAUGGGCAUCCUUUUUCUAAAUACAAUUCAACGAAACUCUAUAACUACGGAAAGAAAUAUUUUCAAACACGUACCAUGGAAUGGCUACCAUACACAUGCGCAGUGACAGAGAUUCAGAAAAAUCUGUUCCUCUCUCGUUUUCUCCGUUCUGUUGUGACAUUUACAGUUCCCCAAUUAGAAGCAAUCAAGAAGACGGGGUUCUGUAUGAAUAAUGUACAACAGAAUGUUAAGAAAUUACCAAUUAAAGAGUUCCACGUAUGUACGGGUGAGAAUUACAGAUUUAAUAAACAGAGCUUUCAUUUGGAUCCUGGAAAACUCAAAGAGAGGAUAAUGAACUUCAUGGAUACUCUGACACAUAUAACGAAACUUCCGGUGAAGUUAGUGACCGUCUGUAGGUCUGUUAGAGACGGGUUCACAACCCGAGCAACGGAGCCUCAUUUUGAGAGACUAAUUCUGAAAGGUUUACAAAGAAAACUCGCACACACAAAAUUAUUCUACGACCAAAAUCUUCUUGGGAGAUAUAAGACAUCUAGGAGCGUCGGACAAAAUUAAACCUUCAGAUAUUAUUACAACACUAUAUUUCGUAAUGUAUGAAAAAUGAUUUUGCCAACCUGGGUUUUCUGUCAUUUAUCAGAUAAACACUUAAACUGAUCAAUUUGAUUUUGAAUUCCUAUCAAAAUCAAUUUAUACUUGAACGACAGAAAGAGUGAAACAAGUUUGAGAAUAGAUAUGUACAUGUAUAUGUAGGUCUAUUUAUUAUACGAUGUCAAAUAUACAAUACAAUUGUUACAAACAUUCAUGACAUACAGGACACUUUUACAUGGACAUCACAAAUAAAACAAUAGUAUUAAUGUCGACAUCACAAAUAAAACAAUAGUAUUAAUGUCGACAUCACAAAUAAAACAAUAGUAUUAAUGUCGACAUCACAAAUAAAACAAUAGUAUUAAUGUCGACAUCACAAAUAAAACAAUAGUAUUAAAUGCCGUCUGAGGCGUUUCAUGUCAUUUAUUGCCCCAAUCCUUGUAUACGAAUUUUGAUUCCGUUUACCUGAUCAAGAUAUAGGGCUCAUGGUGGAUGUGACAGGUCAACAUGGUAUGCUUACUCCCUCUAGACACCUGAUUUCACCUGUGUUGUGUCCAGGGGUCCGUGUUUGGCUUUCUCUCAAUUUUUGCAUUCUUUAUACGAUUUGCUUGAUUGGUCACUGUCCGCUAUCUUCACUUGUUCAUUCAGUAAAAGGAAAUUUC